CCGAAUUGGAAGUAAAUGGUAGAGCGUAGACGCACAAACAAAUAAACCGCUUCUGUUAUGCUAAUUUCCUUUUAAAUAUUAAUUAUUUUUAUUACAGAUAUUGUAGCCUCGCGUCCUCUCUCCCUCUCCCCAAGGAGCAGAAUCUCAGAUAGCUCUCUCCCUUUCAGAUAAGGGCCAGGUAAAGGUCACCUCAUUUCUAGGGUUUCGCUUUCUUCUCGGUUUUUUAUUUCCCUCGUUUUGGAGAGGGAGUGGAUGAGAGGCUACAACACGGAUCUAUUCGACUCUGCAACCGAGAUGGAAUCAGUUUAUUCACGUCAGAGUUGUCCUUCCGAUGGUGAUUUUGGAUUCGCCUUCAACGAUAGUAAUUUCUCUGACCGCCUUCUUCGGAUCGAGAUCAUGGAUGAUUCGCCUGAGGAUAGGUCCGGCGCUGAGGGUUGUACUAGUAUUGCCGAUUGGGCUAGACACCGCAAGAGGAGGAGAGAAGAUAUUAAGAAGGAAAAUGCUGUGGAAGUCUCUGUAGGCGCCGAGGAGCAGAUUUUAAGUUGUAACCAACAUGAUAUGGAUGAUUGUGUGGGCUGUGAAAAUCAAGAUGAGGAAGCAGACGCAAUGAUUGAAGAGCCCCCUUCAGGUGAUGAAGGUGCUGAUGGUAAUGACUCAACCUGGAGCAUGGACUGCUCUACAGUUGUGAGAGUUAAAACUUUACACAUCAGCUCCCCUAUUUUGGCAGCAAAAAGUCCAUUUUUCUACAAGCUUUUCUCAAAUGGGAUGAGAGAGUCAGAGCAGCGGCAUGUGACGCUACCGAUCAAUGCAUCUGAGGAAGCUGCCCUCAUGGAGCUUCUGAAUUUUAUUUACAGCAAUACAUUAUCAACCACAACAGCGACUGGCUUGCUUGAUGUGCUUAUGGCUGCUGAUAAAUUUGAGGUUGCUUCAUGUAUGAGGUAUUGCAGCCGACAAUUGCGUAACAUGCCCAUGACACCAGAGUCUGCCUUGCUUUACCUGGAGCUUCCCUCCAGUGUUCGAAUGGGUGAAGCAGUCCAACCAUUAACUGAUGCUGCGAAGCAAUACCUUGCAUCUCGUUAUAGGGAUAUGACCAAAUUCCAAGAAGAGGUGAUGUCCUUGCCCCUGGCUGGAGUUGAGGCAAUUUUAUCCAGUGAUGACCUACAGGUUGCCUCUGAAGAUGCUGUAUAUGACUUUGUGCUGAAAUGGACAAGAGCUCAGUACCCAAGCAUCGAGGAGCGUCGUGAAAUCCUGGGUGCACGCCUAGCACAUUAUAUUCGCUUCCCAUACAUGACUUGUCGGAAGCUUAAGAAGGUUUUAACAUGUACUGACUUUGAUCAUGAUGUUGCAUCCAAGCUUGUCCUUGAGGCCCUAUUUUUCAAGGCUGAUGCCCCGCAUCGGCAACGAACCCUUGCCACAGAGGAGUCUGCAUCCUUGACUCGUCGUUUCAUCGAGCGAGCAUACAAGUAUAGGCCUGUUAAGGUGGUAGAAUUUGAACUACCUAGGCAGCAGUGUGUGGUUUACCUGGACUUGAAGCGUGAAGAAUGUGCAAAUUUGUUUCCUUCUGGACGGGUUUAUUCUCAGGCAUUCCACCUGGGUGGACAAGGAUUUUUCUUGUCCGCACAUUGCAAUAUGGACCAGCAGAGCUCUUUCCAUUGUUUUGGUUUGUUUCUGGGGAUGCAGGAGAAAGGGUGUGUAAGCUUUGCUGUGGAUUAUGAAUUUGCAGCCAGGACAAAGCAAACGGAAGAGUUUGUUAGUAAAUACAAAGGGAAUUACACAUUCACUGGGGGCAAGGCAGUUGGCUACAGAAACUUAUUUGCCCUUCCAUGGACUUCCUUCAUGGCUGAUGAUAGUCUAUACUUUAUAAAUGGCGUUUUGCAUCUUAGAGCUGAGCUCACCAUCCGGCAAUGACUUCAACUCGAAGUUCUAACCCUUUUGUUUUCUUUCCUAACUUUAACCAAGUAUGAGAUGUAAUAAGUAGGCACCAUGUAUUGAGCUAGUUUUGAUUGGAAAGGUUAAACAUCAGUUAAACUGUCCCUUUAUUAAUUUAUAAUAUGUAGGAAAUGGAAGUGUAGAUGUGGUUGCAUCCUUGGGAUGAAUAGGUUUCUGUUCUUGCUUAAAAACGCAGCUUGAGACCAUAUAACUGAUGGCUAUGGUGUUGUGUUUGA